AUGUGGAUGGCUUAUUUCGAGGACUCAGAAAGGAUGCUGCAAUGCUACAAAGAAGUAUCGAAGACAAAAAAGCAAACUACAGGGCUGAAAUUGGAUCCCAAAGAUAUGGUGAGCCAUCAAUCAGGUGCAAUGAGCCCGGAUGCCAGACAAGUGAGAGUAACAGAAACGUGUAUGGUAUUGGAUGCUGCUCUGUAG